AUGCCGCUGGAUACAUUAUAUGUGACAGGGUUCUCGAAGGAGUCCAAGGCUGCUGAUUUGGCGCCCGAUUUUGAAAAGUAUGUAUGCAAGAGUGGUUGAUCUUUUUUAUUAUUUUCAUAUCUCUGAAAAGCCGAUUGGCAGCAGAUCAGUGCAAAUGAUGGUUGCAUGGCAUGUAUCAUGGAUAGCUAUAUGUAUGAAUGCUGCUGGUCGGCGUAAUUUGGAUUUGCAAGAAUCCUAUAUUAAUUUUGCUAGUAUUUAUUGAGACUCGUUGAUUGAGACUCAGUAUCCUUUAUUUUCCUACUUCCCUGAUUAUUCCUUCCUUGAUCAAUUCCUGAAUUAUCCUUCCCUGAAGUUUCCCUAUUUUCCUGAUUAUUCCUUGCCUGAUUUAAUCUCCUAUUUCCUGUUUUACAUUUCCUGAAUAUCUUCCUAGCUCCCCCGAGAAUAAUAAUCAAGAAUCCUACAGAGAGAGAAUAACACUGACAUCCAGAUAUGGUGAUUUAGUAAGAUUAGAUAUCCCUCCACCAAGAACUGACGACGGAGAAAAAUAUGCGUUUGUGGAAUACAAAAAUCCUGAAGAUUGUGAAAAGGCCUUAGAACUAAAUGGAAAACAGUUACCGUACUCGUUGAAAGAUGGGCUAGUUGUUCAAUUGGCCAGAUCCGAUCCCUAUUCUGCAAGAAGAGGUGGUGGUUUCAGAGGCAGAGGCGGAUAUGGCUACGCUCCAAGGGGUGGAUAUGGCUACGCCCCAAGGGGUGGAUACGGCUACGCCCCAAGAGGUGGAUACGGUUACGCCCCAAGAGGUGGAUACGGUUACGCCACAAGAGGUGGUUAUAGAGGUGGUAGAGGCGGCUAUAAUGAUUAUGGUGGCUACAAUAGCGACUACGGCUAUGGUGGUAGCUACGGUGGUAGUUAUAGAGGUGGCUACUAUGGUGGCUCAAGAGGUGGAUAUUAUGGUGGCUCAAGAGGUAGUUAUCGUGGUGGUAGAGGUGGUUAUCAUGACCGCGAUUACGGUUAUCGGGACUAUAAUGAUCGUGACUACCAAAACCAUGAAUAUAAUGAUCGUGAUUACAGAUCGAGCCAUGAUGGCCAGUUGAGAGAGCCAACAUACGAUAAUAGAUCGAUUGACAACAACGAUAAUCAUGCAGAGCGUAGUAAUGAGAUGCCAUACGAAGGGAACAGCCAUUCAAGACCAUCCUCUAGAUCUCCUGUUAGAAAAGAAAGGUCAAGGUCGCCUGUUAGAAAAGAAAGGUCAAGGUCGCCUGUUAGAAAAGAAAGAUCAAGGUCGCCUGUUAGACAGGAAAAGCCAAAAUCUCCAGUAAGACAAGAAACCUCUACACAAGAAACUGUUACACAAGAAGCCGUUCAACAAGAAAGGUCCAAAUCACCUCAAUGA